AUGGCGGUCUCCACAGGAGUUAAAGUUCCUCGUAAUUUUCACUUGUUGGAAGAACUUGAAGGACAGAAAGGAGUAGGCGAUGGUACGGUUAGCUGGGGCCUUGCAGAUGAUGACGAUAUGACACUUACAAGGUGGACAGGCAUGAUUACUGGGCCACCAAGGACAAAUUAUGAAAACAGAAUAUAUAGCCUGAAAGUAGAAUGUGGACCUAAAUACCCAGAAGCUCCUUCAUCAGUUACAUUUGUAACCAAAAUUAAUAUGAAUGGAAUUAAUAAUUCCAGUGGAAUGGUGGAUGCACGGAGCCUACCAGUGUUAGCAAAAUGGCAACACUCACAUAGCAUUAAAGUUGUACUCCAAGAGCUAAGCCGUCUAAUGAUGUCCAAAGAAAAUAUGAAGCUUCCACAGCCACCAGAAGGACAAACAUACAACAAUUAAUUUUAGUGGAUCUCAAACUUGUCUUAAAUCGACAGCCUUCUACUCACGUUCAUGUCUUGAUUAAAUAUCACACUGCAAAAUACCCACACAUUAAGUAAAAGAAUUCCAGCUGGUAAACAUGACCUGGACAUUUGUAAGAAUAUAUUUAAUAUACGUACACCAUUAUGUUUUCAGCUUACAGGAGGAAAAAUGCAGCACCAUUUUUUUUCUCUUGUUAAGGCACUGUCAUUUAAGCAUAAACCUGGAGUACUCAAAAUAGAAUUCAGGUUUACAAGAUGAAAGCACGGAGAGAAGAGUCAGAUGCUGUGGAAGCAUGUAUGUUUCUGAAAAGUAAAAAAAUCUCAAGAAGGAAAAACCGAAAUGGCAUGCUUUAUCCAUCUUGCUUGGCGAAAGAGCUUCAAGUUGAAAUUGUCUAAAGUGGCAGGUACAAUGAAUCUUGUCACAAAUUGUGUUAAUUUUUGAAGCGGUGUGGGUGCUGACUGCGAGAAAUAUGAAAAAUAAGUUCAGGAUUGUUUUGAUACCUGUAUUUAUGAUAAAAAAAAUGUCGUGGGGGAGGCCGAUGAGUAUCUGUUAAAAGCCGUUCCUGUGUGUUACAUGUAACAGACAUGGUAAAUAUUUGUUUACAGUCUUUGUUUGACAAACCAUGCAUUUAAGUGAAAUCAACACAAAAAGGAAACAGGUGUAUGGAUAUGUGAUUUUGAGAUUAAAGUUAGUCUUAAAAUGUAAAUAAAAUGUGGAACGUGUCCUCGGGAAAAAAA